UGAAAUUGAACUAAAAAAGAAACAAAAGGAAGAAACUAGGAAGGUUGUAGAGAAAUGUUGGCUGGGUGUUCUAGUUCUACAUUGCUGUCACCAAGGCAUAGAUUGAGGAGAGAAGCAUCAGCACAGUUUCAAGCUUGCCAUUUCCAGACUUCAAUGAGCACACAGAGAUUGGACUUGCCAUGUGGUUUUUCUCGUAAGGACACUUCAAGGUCACAGCCUAUUAGGCCUGUUGGCCUUUCUGUGGAGAAACCAAUUGAAUCCAAGAACAGUGGUUGUUCUCUAAAGCGGAAUAUCCGGCUGCCACCAUUGACUACUAGUGCACAAAAUCCAUUUGAAGGAAGGAGAGAGAACAAAGAUGUGUUUUGGGAGAAAGGUAAAAGUUUGAAGAGGUUUGCUGAGCAGGGUUUAAUUGAUGAAUCAGUCAUUAGACGGGCAAAGAGGAAAAAGGGUAGCAGUGAUAACGAUAAUUCUGGUGAUAUUCUUGAAGGUGGUGGUGAUAAUUCGAGUUUAGGCCAACUAGGUGCUGGAACUUUUUGGUUUCAACCAAGUUUCACAGGACAAAAUGCUCCUCAAGUUCCUUUCUCUCUGACUUGUUCAGGGGAUGAAGAAAGGGUGUGUUUUGUGCCUGGUGAAGUGAUUUCACCGCCUUUGCCAUUGUCUAAAAUUCCAUGGAUCGAAUCAGUAAUAACUGAGAUCACUGACUUCGGGGAAAAGGACGUUGAAACAAUCCGCAGGCCGGAAAAGGAAGCUUCAGGAACGAGUACUUCUUCAGACAAUCAUAGCUUAGGACUUAGGUUAAAAGAGCAAACCACAGAACAUGAAGGGGGUAAUGGUUCUGAGAACCCUUACCCCCAUGAGGGUGCUGGUUCGGUGGGGGUUUAUGAGGAGAACAACCAUGGGGAGCAUCAGGGGUUUGAGCUUGUCCACUUACUUACAGCUUGCGUUGAAGCAAUUGGAUCAAAGAACAUUGCUGCCAUCAACCAUUUUAUAGCCAAGUUGGGGGAUCUUGCUUCUCCGAGAGGAAAUGCUAUAAACCGUCUGGCUGCUUACUACACUGAAGCUUUGGCUCUUCGAGUCACUAGGCUCUGGCCUCAUAUUUUUCAUAUCACAAUUCCUCGAGAGCUUGAUCGGGUGGAUGAUGACAAUGGUGCUGCAUUGAGGCUCUUGAAUCAGGUAAGCCCAAUUCCGAAAUUUGUUCAUUUCACAUCAAAUGAGAUAUUGUUGAGAGCCUUCGAGGGGAAAGACAGGGUUCAUAUUAUAGAUUUCGACAUCAAGCAAGGGCUUCAGUGGCCUAGUUUGUUCCAGAGUUUAGCUUCAAGGAUUAAUCCACCAAGUCAUGUUAGAGUUACUGGAAUUGGUGAGUCCAAGCAACAACUGAAUGAAACAGGAGACAGGCUCGCAGGAUUUGCUGAGGCAUUGAAUUUGCCUUUUGAGUUCCAUCCAGUUGUGGACAGGUUAGAAGAUGUGAGGUUGUGGAUGCUUCAUGUGAAGGAGAAAGAGAGUGUAGCUGUGAAUUGUGUAUUUCAACUGCACAAGACACUUUACGAUGGAAAUGUCGGAGCGCUCAGGGACUUUUUGGGACUUAUUCGUAGCACAAACCCUACAGUGGUCAUCAUGGCAGAGCAAGAAGCUGAGCACAAUGUCCUCAGCUUAGAGGCAAGAGUUACCAAUUCAUUGAGUCACUACUCUGCCAUAUUUGACUCAAUUGAUUCUAGCCUUCCCUUGGAGAGUCCGGUUAGGAUCAAAAUAGAGGAUAUGUUUGCACGGGAAAUCAGGAAUAUAAUUGCUUGUGAAGGAAGCGACAGGUUUGAAAGGCAUGAGAGUUUUGAAAAGUGGAGGCAGUUGAUGGAGCAAGGAGGGUUCAGAUGCAUGGGGAUUACUGAGAGGGAACUGCUUCAGAGCCAAAUGCUGUUGAAGAUGUACUCUAGUGAUAACUACAGUGUCAAGAAGCAAGGGCAGGAUGGUGGCGCUCUUACUCUAAGUUGGUUAGAUCAGCCACUUUAUUCAGUCUCAGCUUGGACACCAAUUGACGUUGCGGGCAGCUCAUCCUCAUUUUCUCAGCCAAUUUGAUUGUUGCUGAUUACUUUUUCUUCAUACAUACCAUCUCUUUUGAUUCCAUUCUUGCAUACAGAAAGGGACAUAAUUAUUUGUAGGUAGAGUAAUCUGUCAUUAUUCUUUCAUUCUUUUGUUGCAGAUAAGAUUGGUCAGUCUAGUGCCAGAACCAUUUGUAUGAACACAGUAACUGCAUAACAAGUCAUUCUUUCCAGGACAGAUUUUAGAUUUCUGUCUGUAGUAUUGUUGUCAAUUAAUUUGGUUUUUAUUCUUUGAUUCUUAAUGUAUUUUGAAAUUCUUUAUAGCAGUCAUUUCAUCUUGUUCAUUUCAUUUAUUGAAGAUUUAUCAGAAUUAUGAACAAUGCAAUCGGAAAUUUAUCAUCAUAUAUAAAGGAUUUCGUUUAUUUGUGUUUAUUCUUCAUUCUACACUUCUAUUCCGAAUUGGAAUCUGGAAAAUCAGACAUGAAACUUGGAAUUAUAUGCAUCAGAGCAAUUAAAGUUUUU